GCAAUAAAGCGGUGCGGUACAGCACAGCGCCAGCCACAACUCUGCGCUUCAACAAUGGGCCUGGCAGAAACAACCAGUCUGUUUCUUUUGCUCGGUAUCAUCGUCAGUAAAGGGCUCUCCAGUCCCCUGGCCGGCAAAGAAGCCUGGGACUAUGUGGAGGUGAGAGACGGGGCCCACAUGUUCUGGUGGCUUUAUUAUGCUGACAGCCAGUCUUCUGGAUACAUGGACCUGCCUCUGGUCAUGUGGCUGCAGGGUGGACCAGGAGGAUCAGGAAGUGGCUUUGGGAACUUUGAGGAGAUUGGUCCUUUGGACAGGGACCUUAAGCCCAGGAAGACCAGCUGGGUUCAGGCAGCCAGUGUGUUAUUUGUAGACAACCCUGUGGGCACCGGCUUCAGCUACACUGACAGGCCUGACGUGUAUGCGACCAACGUGGCCACGGUGGCCUCAGACAUGCUGGUGCUGCUCAAACAGUUCUUCACAGCGAGGGAUGAGUUCCAGAACGUCCCCUUCUACAUCUUCUCUGAGUCGUAUGGGGGCAAGAUGGCGGCUGCGAUCUCCAUGGAGCUUGUCAAAGCCAUAGACCAAGGCACAGUGAAAUGCAGAUUUGCUGGUGUGGCACUCGGAGACUCAUGGAUUUCCCCACUGGACUCCGUCAUGACGUGGGGACCGUACCUCUACACCACUUCGCUGCUGGAUGACUUUGGCCUGGCGGACGUCAACAGAGCAGCGGGGGAGGUGAAGAAAGCCGUGGAGCAGCAGCAGUUUCAGAACGCCACUGAACUGUGGUCUAUAACUGAGAGUGUGGUGGAGCAGAACACCAACGGAGUCAACUUCUACAACAUCCUCACCCAGGAACCAGAUGAGAAAGUCCGCGCUGCAGCAGGAGAGGACUACAUUGCUCUGCAGACACGUCGCCAUAUUCGUCCCCUCCACAGCCAAUCACUGAGCGAGCUCAUGAAUGGACCAAUCAGGAAGAAACUGGGCAUCAUUCCCCAGAAGGUCACCUGGGGAGGCCAGGCAGAGGAAGUGUUCAGCAAAAUGGCAGGAGACUUCAUGAGGCCAGUUGUGGACAUAGUCGACCAGCUGCUGAGCGCUGGAGUCAACGUCACUGUCUACAAUGGACAGCUGGACCUCAUAGUGGACACCAUGGGUCAGGAACAGUGGUUGAAGCAGCUGAAGUGGGAGGGGCUACCUGGAUUUAACAGGCUGAGGUGGACCGCCCUGGAUGACCCCGCCUCCCCGGGCGUUACCGGAGCUUUCUCCAAAACCUAUAAGAACUUUGCCUUUUAUUGGAUCCUCAGAGCUGGUCACAUGAUUCCCUCAGACCAGGGACCUAUGGCCUUACAGAUGAUGAAGAUGAUCACCCAGCAGGCCUGAUCCACCCGCUCUGACGCCAGCUGGAAUGGCUCUGACAAUCACAAUGAUCACAUGACCUUUUCUUUGUUUGUUUUUUUUUUGUUUUGCUUUUUUUUUUUUUUAUAACUUUUCUUCUGCUAAACCAAAUCAAAAAUCUCAGUCCUCCUUGAUUACAACAGCGAUGACCUGUGUAAACUUCAGCCAUAACACCAAUAAAGACUGUUUCUUUUUUAAGUCGCUGUGUUCUUCUCUGGUACGGUACUCAACUUUUCAAAGAUGCUCUUUUUUUUAUUCUGAAAAAUGUAUGAGAACCUUGGAAACUGCAUAUCCUGCAUGUACAGUACAAUCACAAUAGGAAAAACUGCAAAAAGUAUCAUCUUAAACCACUCGCCUGUAUGUUUUCACUGCUUUUUUAAAGUCACAGAUGAUGCUUUUUAAUAGCUUGAACAAAUGAAAGAUUGUUUAAUAUCAAAAUGACCUUAGUGUUAACACCAUUUCCCAUGAUCCACCUGGUGUGGCCGACUGUCAUCAGAGGAUGACCUGGAAUGUGUUCACGGGAUGUAGACGUGAGAAUUCUGUAUCUGAGCACAGAGACUGACAUUAAAUAAACUGAUGAUCACUUGU